UUGUUGAUGAGGCGGGAUCAUUGCAGCGGCGACUGUCAAGAUUGGCAAAGAGCUGGCGCUGCUGCGUGCAGGUAAAAGGAACAAGCGAAGCGACACAAAACAGAAAACAUUUAUCCUGGCAGAAAGCGAGGAGUGCGAUGGAAACGGACUCUCCGGUGAAACCUUUCCGUGCGGCAGAACCCCCAAAGCGACGGAUUUAAGUCGGUGAAAAAGCGCAACACCUUCAGCUUCUUGGAAGAAAGUGCCGUUGUGUCAACCAUCGCUUGGCUCCCGGGCACGCUUUGUACAUCAAGCAACUUGGACAGCAGCGUGUUUUCAAGCGAGCUAUCAACAAAGAAUGAAAGCAUUCAAACGAGCUCUGGAAGAAGAGCAUCGCCCGGAGCAGGAGCACUCCUCGGCUGUGUCGGACAGUGAUGACGGCUCCCCGCUCGACCUGUCAGGAAGAGGGCUCUUUGGGAAGCGCCGUCGCCGUGGCAACCUGCCCAAGGAGGCGGUGCAGAUUCUGCGGAGCUGGCUGUACGAGCACCGCUUCAACGCCUACCCGUCAGAGCAGGAGAAACUCAGUCUGUCAGGCCAGACCAACCUCUCUGUGCUGCAGAUAUGUAACUGGUUCAUCAAUGCACGUCGCCGUCUUCUCCCUGACCUGCUUCGCAAGGAUGGCAAAGAUCCCACCAAGUUCACCAUCUCCCGCAAGGUUGGUGGUAAAAGUGAAGGCCACUCAUCUAAUGGAGCCGGAGCCAGCUCUCCAGAAAGCAACUCUUCCACCGGCUCAUCUCAACAACGCCCGUCUGUCAUCCGCUCUGCCCCUACACUGGACCUCAGUCUUCUUGGGAACACGGCGACAGCUAUUCUGACAGGAGCAGGCUACCCUGGUAAGGAGGGAUCGGUUCAGGCGCUGAUGAAGCUGGAUACGCAAAGCCUGCUGAGGGAAGCAGAGGAACAGGGGGCUUGUCUCACCAGCACAACAAUGGCAGCUAGCCCCACCAGUGGCCUCUUCAACACGCCUCCCCCAACUCCUCCCGAGCUGUUCCCCACCCAGGACUUCAGCGACUUGAGGCUCUUGGUCGAUGCAGCUCUGCAGAGGGCAGCAGAGCAGGAGAACCUGAAGAGACUCCAGGAAAGCCAGGACAGACCUACAGAGGCUGAAAAGACUGAACUAGUGGAGGCACAGUGCAGCGCUUACAGCAGUGACACACCGCCUCCAGAGGACAGCCAACAAGUUAUGGAUCCUUCCACAGUGCAGAGUCUGAUGGAGAAGGCUAUGGCUGUCCCAGUGUCAGCUGUAACUUCAGUAAAGGAUCCAGUGCACCUGUCCAUAGCAGCCUCCGCACCAGUCCCAGCUCCAGUCUGUGUCUCAGCCCAGAGACUACCUCCUCUCCUGAUGAAUAAAGUAAUCUGGAGCCCCUUGGAGAAGGACACUCCCACAGCUUCCAGCCCAAACCAGCCUCAGCUCAUCCCCGCCCAUCUGCCAACCUUAGUGCCAGUGUCUGCCUCAGUUUUAGGAGAGCCGAUUUCUCAGAAACCAGCUGCUGCACCAGCCAUCACCACAGCUUCAUCAUCAGCUCCAGCCCCAAGCUCAGUUCCAGCUCCGCUGCCCACUACAUGUCCUACGAGUGCACUAGCUACAAGGCCAGUCGCGGUGCCAUCACCAGUCCUUCGCCCAGCCACAAGUUCCACCUCUGUCACCGCUUCAAGCCAGGCUUCUUCCCACACUGUAGCGCUUGUUCCAGCUGCUCCUUCUCCAGCCAUCACCACUUUUCCACCCCCCCGAGGAGUCCCACUUUACCUGCCAUUCCACAAAUCCCCCUUAAUCCCAGUCACAGUCCCAUGUCCAUCACCAGUGUCUGCCACAGCGUCGUCUCCAGCCCCUGUUCACACUCCAGUCUUUGCCUCUGCCCAAGCUCCAACUCCUUUUCCUGCUUCAGCCCCAACAUCCUCCUCUACGCCAACGAUUACACCUCUUCUGAGCCUUGCUUCCCACCCCACUCCUCCUCUUCAGCCCUCCUCCACCAGCACCACCACCACCAGCAGCAGUAGCAGUAUUAGUAGUAGUGCACAGAGGAAUUCAACAGUGGUUCCCAGCGUUUGGAGUAUGGUCCACGCUGAUACCAGACAACCCAGUUCUCUUCAAGUGGUAAAGACCCCCAUCACCACAGUGUGGGGCCCGCAGCACAGCCUGCACACAGUGAGUGAAACUGUUAACUAGGAGCUGGAAGUUGUCGCCUUUUUUGUUUUAUAUAUAUAUAUAUAUAUAUAUCUGGGGAGGGGAGAGGCCAAACAUUCCCUUUGGCUGGACAACACUGUAUAUAGGAGAACGUAUCUUCAUCGCCAGUCCCUUCUGUCAUUAAAGCCUGUGCCUGCAGAAUACAGGGAAUGAAGUCAGAUGUGUGAAGUAACAAACAUUAGGUGUUGCAGAGACAUUGCAAUUUCAAGCAACUUUUUAUUGUUUAAGUAUGCUGUUCUUGAUGGAGGCACCUGCUGGUAAGACCACUUUGAUGCUCUCAAAAUUCCUCAGUGCAGAGUCAAUGUAUAGUACAGUUUUUGAUGCCAUUUUUUAAAAUCUCUUUCCACUUUACAAUUUAUGAAUGAGGAAGAAAAUAUCCCUUAAUUGUACAAAAUGUCAAUUGGUGUGAUUUUCAGCACCAGCAGUUAGCCUCUACAGUAGCAGUACUGGACUUUAUUGAAUGUACAAAAGACAUUGAUGUCAUUGGCUAGGCUGCCAUUCCCCUCCAGGAUAAAAAUGGGGACAUGAGGUUUUUUUUUUUUUAUUAAUUUUUUUUCUUUCUUCUACAUACAGAAACAACAUCAUAGUCCUCCUAUAGUUGUGCAAUUCAGAUGAUUUGUUAAAAAAUUUGCCUAUUUACUCCACUACAUUUCCCCCUUUUCCUUGGAGAUAAGCACAAGGGAAAGUGAUUGUACUGCAGCGAGCCUGACUGACUCGCCUCCAUGUGUCUCCAUCGCGCCCCCCCCCACACACUCUUCCUGUCUUUUUUUUAAUAUAUAUAUAUAUAAAAAAAAAAUAUAGCUAAGGGGAUUCAUCGGCCCUCAUGAAUUGUCAUCUCAACCACUCAACACAUGCUCUCACAUACCACUUUUUUUGUUUGCCAUUUCAAAUUUAUAAAAAUGAGCCGUAUUUUCUGUGUUUUUGCUGGAAACUAAGCAGUUAUGUCUGUUUCAGGGAUUGUUGUUGAGGGGAGGGCUGUGGAUAUAGGACGAAUGGGAGAAGGUCACUUUGGAUCUGUUACAAAAAUCAAUUUCAGUGGCGAGGUGAGCAGCUUGGUGAUCUGAUGACAUCAAGCUCUUACAGCUCCUGAACUGAAACGUUACACUUGCUGUGAGACGUGGCGCCUUUUACCUUUAGUGGUGCAAAACACUUUAAAUGUUGGAUCCUCUUAUUUGGGGGGGGAUAUACAAAUUAUCCAGAUUUCUCUGUCGAUUUGGGGCCUUAGGAUUUGGUUAGUGUAUUUCAAACCUGAAUGUCUUACUAGUGGAAAGAUUAAUUGAUGCGUGUAGUGUCUUGGCAAAGCAAAUGUAGCAGAUGUACUGAAAAAGCUGUAAUUUGUUGGGGGGGUUCUCAGGAGGGUACAAGAGCAUAAAAAUCACGUUUUUCCUCAUCAGCGCUUUCCACCUGUGUUUAGAAAUGGUUUCUAUAGAAUUUCUAAUCAUUCAUAAAGCUGUAGUUUCCAUGAAACUGUCUUAGCAUAAACUACAAUAUAUGGCUGAAUGCCAUCUGGACAUCUAUUAAGAGUAGCGUCAUGUGGAAAAGUUCCUAUGUGAAUAAUACUAUAGCAGAAUUGUGAGGCGAAUCUUCAAUACUGUCAUGUUUACUAGUGUCACUGAGCAGUGCUUAGUUCAAACGGUUACAUUUUGCAUGUGUAGGAGUUAGAGAAGACAGAAGGAGAGUCUGAUGUUAGGUCAGAGUACUGCUGAACACUGACCUCAUCAUUCCCAGAAAUGCUUUUCUUGUUCAUGGCAGAUAUGGAAACGCCAACACUCCUCUUGUAUUUCCACUUCUUCUUUUUUUGUUUUGUUUGUCGCUCCUCACUGCCAGUUCUGCUCUGUGGUGAGGAUUUGGAUUUCUUUGGUUACAGGUACUCACUAGACUGAUGUGCAUUUAUACCUCAAUUUACACAGGUCAUGUCAGGCUUGGGUCAUUUGUAGAAUACUAAGUAUUAAAGUAAUGUUUUUAUUGUUCAUACUACAUCAUGCCACUGUGACAACACCUUAUCAGUUGUGAUACUGGAAAUGGCGGACUAAAGAUUAGGCAAGCAGAUUUUUUUUUAUAUAGCAAGGUUUUAUAUGUGAUUUUUAGAUGCAAAGUGUCGCUCCAAUCAGAUGAGACAAAGUGAUGAUGCAUGUAAAUGUUUUCAAGGUCAUGUAUUUUUGUUUGUUUGUAUUGGCAUGAACUUUAUCUCAAACUGUGUAGUUUCUUUACAGCCAAAUGCAUUCAAAAAUGUUUUUCAAGUUCAUGUUGUGAAUCAUGACUGACCGUUGGCAGUAUGACUGGCGGCUGUGCCUUAAACUCCACGACUGAGGGAUAAUGUCCCUUUUUUAUAUAAAAAACUUCUCAAUAGUCUGUGCAAUAUAUGCCUUAAACUUUAAAUGUGUGUUUUGUAUAAGCAUUUCAAAGAAAUAAAAGUUCAGUUUUUCAUAAA